AUUACGUCUUCCAGUUUCCAAAUUCUCUUGGCCUUCCAGCCUUUCCCAUAUAGCUUUUGCGAAGUAAGAACUUCAGCAUACUCGCCUCGCAUGCCUAGGUUAGCAGGUCCUAGUCCCGCUUGCUCCCAUCUAGUCACGUCAGUAGCGUCGGUAUCCAGCGCCUUUUAAGGGAAUUGUCAUCGUGCUGACCAUGGCUUUUGAGCUCGCAGCUUCACCAGCAAUCGCGGCAAUCGCGCCUGCUUCGGGACUCCAUCCAACUCGGUUCCCAUCGAGCGAGGUCCUUCAGCAAUCGCAUUGGAUGGGCUCCUCGUUUUACGGAACCCGCUUACCGUAUCGAGGACCUACUUCCCUGCAAGCCUCGUACGCGCGCGGCUCUCUCUUCCGUCCCUCGCCGGCCCUGCCGCUUGCCACGCCUCCCUGCGCGCCGUGUGCGCGCAAUCAGCGCCCGGUCACCCGCGUUCCCCCUCCGUCCGCUUCCGCGUCCGCUUCUGCAGCGUCUUCUGCUGCUGCUGCUGCCUCUGCAUCUUCUUCCAAUGGCGCGUCAACUCUCGUCAACGGUACCGCGGUUCGGUCUUCUCCUCGCCUCGAUCCUAUCGUCGUCCCAUCCGAACCCGCUACAAGCAGCCCCGCUUUCGCCGACAGCAAAAUGCCUUCCGCGCACUCCGCGGAUGGAAUCAGCGACGCGUCUUCCGCGGAAGCCCCGCUCUCGCUGCGCUCGUCGUCGCCCACCCGCCAGCCCGCGCGUCCGGGCCUCAUCGAGCGCUGCUUCGGCCCGGGAACCGCGCCGUCAGUCGCGGAAGCCGCCAGCAGCCUCCUCGUUCCCCUGGCGGAGCACGCCAUAUCGAAUUGGGCUCUCCCCAGCGGGACCAGCGGCGGGCGCAGCGGGUCGGAGGCGCGCGUGCUGAGGGCUAAGCGCGCCGUGCAGAGUCUGGAGGAGGAGAAGGUGCGCGAGGAGCGGCGGAGGGAGCUGAGCGCGCUGCUGGAGCAGCUCGAGGCCAUCCGGGACCACGCGAACGAGCUGGAGAUGUGCAAUCAGCACCACCUCGACCUCUCCGCGCCGCGGUACCGCGAGUCGGCACGCAACCUGCUGCAUUACAUGGCGCUGCGCAACAUUGACGUGCGGCACCUGCAGCAGGCGCUGGCGCACCUGGGGCUCUCCUCGCUGGGCCGCACGGAGGCGCACACGCUCGCGUCCAUCCACGCUGUGACUCGUGUCGUCCGCUCCAUGCUGCGCGAGCUCACGCCCAAGACGAAAUCGUCGUCCUCCUCCUCCUCCUCAUCCCUGUCCUUGUCGUCGGCCAAGACCAAGACCAAGUCCAAGUCCAGCAACCUGGCAUCCCAAGUGGAGGCCCUGGCAACGGACGUGCUCCCCCCAGUUCUCGACUUCGCGGACGGCGACAGGCAGCUGCAGAGCAACACUGUGGACCUGCUCGGCCCGCACCCGCCCCACCGCAAGACGUUCAUCAUGGUCACGCUCCCCGCGGAGGCGGCCACGGACCGGGCGCUGGUGGCGGGGCUGCUGGGCGCGGGGAUGAACGUGGCGCGGGUGAACUGCGCGCAUGAUGAUGCGGCCGUGUGGGGGAAGAUCGUGGCGAACGUGCGCAAGCUGUCCGCUCAGCUGGGCCGGCCCUGCAGAAUUCUGAUGGACCUGGCGGGUCCCAAGUUGAGAACGGGUCCCAUGCCCAAUGGGCCCCGGGUGUUGCGCCUCAAGCCCAAGAAGGACGCCCGGGGCACCGUCCAAUCACCCCUCAGAGCCCUGCUCGUCCCCGCCCCUUCCUCCACACACUCCUCCUCCUCUUCCUCCACUAUCCCUCAAGUUACAGUAGCAGCAGCAGCAGCAGCGUCGCUCCCCACCAUUCCCCUGCAAGCCUCCAAGAUGUGGGUCCAGGGGUUGAGGGCAGGAGACGUGCUGAGUAUGGUGGAUGCGCAGGGCAAGAAGAGAGCACUGGAAGUGGCAGAGGUGGUUCCAGGACCCAAGGGACCGCAGGUCGUGGUCGAAUGCAGCAAGUCCGUUGUCUUUGAAACCGGGCUGCCCGUGAGCAUCAACCGGGCAGGGUCGAAGAAAAAUAAGAAGGGGAAGGCUGGGAAAAGCGCGGUUGAGUUGCGUGCAACAGCAGCAGCAGCAGGAGGAUCAGGAGGAGGAUCAGCAGGAGGAGAGGCGUAUAUCGGGGAGCUGCCUGCGAGUGAGGAGGCGAUAGAGCUGAGCGUGGGCGACGAGCUGCUGAUCGUGCGCGGGGAGGGCGAGGGCUCCAAGGCGCAGUAUGACGCUGCUACGGGCGUGCUCGUGCGGCCCGCCUCCGUGAGCUGCUCGCUAGAGCAGGUGUUCACCAACCUCAAGGAGGGCGAGCCAGUGAAGCUGGACGACGGGAAGAUCGAGGGCGUGGUGGAGGCGGUGGGCAGUGAAGAGGUGCGCGUGCGCAUCACCAAGACGCCGCCCGCUGGGGCCAAGCUCAAGAGCGAAAAGGCGCUGAACCUGCCGGACAGCGACCUGCAGCUGCAGGGGCUGACAGCCAAGGACAUAGCGGACCUGGACUUCAUAGUCUCGCAUGCCGACAUGGUCGCCUUUUCCUUCGUCAACGACGCCUCCGACGUCAGCAUGCUGCAGGACGAGCUGGCGAAGCGAGGAGCGGACGACCUGGGAGUGGUGCUGAAGAUCGAGACCAAGCGCGCCUUCCAGAACCUGCCCUGGCUCAUGCUGCAGGGCAUGAGGGGGUCGGGGCCCCUGGGAGUCAUGAUUGCGCGCGGGGACAUGGCGGUGGAGUGCGGUUGGGAGCGGCUGGCAGAGGUGCAGGAGGAGGUGCUGUGGCUGUGUGAGGCGGCGCAUGUGCCCACCAUUUGGGCCACCCAGGUUCUGGAAGGCCUGGCCAAAACGGGCCUGCCGUCACGAGCGGAGAUAACAGACGCAGCCAUGGGGGAGCGGGCGGAGUGCGUGAUGCUGAACAAGGGGCUGCACAUCGCGGCGGCGGUGACGACCCUGGAUGACAUCCUGCAGCGCAUGCGCUCGCACCAGAUGAAGAAGCAGAGCAUGAUGCGCCCGCUGCAGCUCUCGCACCCGUUUGUCACCAUCAGCUACUCGUCUGCGAGCAGCGACUCGAGUGAUUCUAGUGAUUCCAGCGACGAGGAGGCGUGAAGAGGUGUGAAGAGGUGGUGGAAGCAUGGGGCAGGAGAACAUCAGGGUGUGACGAAGGAAUGAAGCAGCAUUGCUGAAGGAGGAAGCAGGAAUACAUGAGGGAGAUUCUUCACUGGAUCUGAUGAUACAACUACUUUUGGUGCUCACAUUGGGCAACCUCCAAUUGGCAGCUUGGGGGGUAAUACUGGUGUAGCUAGCUGCCAGUGGAACGUUCUGUAUACCUUAACACGGGCAUCUAUCGCAAUGCCCUCUAUAGUUUGCCUCAUCCAUAGUAGUCCCUCAAUAUGGCCGAGUGGGAUGAAGCAUGUAUCUGGCUGGAAUAUGAUAGUUUGCCUCAUCUAUAGUAUUCCCUCAAUAUGGCCGAGGGGGAUGAAGCAUGUAUCUGGCUGGAAUAUGAUAGUUUGCCUCAUCUAUAGUAUUCCCUCAAUAUGGCCGCUGGCUGGAAUAUGAUAUGAUAUACUGUUUU